UAGAGUACCAUUCCGAAUUUCAGGACAUUGUCCAGGGUUCGAAUUCUCAUCCCUGUAAUAUGUUGGGCAUUUAAUUCUGGGUUGUUUAGCCUUGUAUCCAGCUUCAGAGCUGACGUAGAAUUCAUCCAGAAACUUGGAAGCACCUUCACUGAUCAAAUAACCUACCUUGUUUCUUUUGCAAACCAAAGAAAAGCAGAAAGAAUAGUUCGAAUUAAGCCACAAAUAUAAUGGAAAACCCAAGUAAUUUAGCGAGGGUAAAAAAUCUGCUUGAAAAAUGGGAUGUCCGUGUUUUCAUAUUAGUCAGUUUGUUUAUCCAAGCAUUUCUCACAUUACUUGCACCCUUUCGAAAAUCAAGUGCAAGUACAUUCCUCAGUUUUCUGAUUUGGCUGCUGUAUUUAUCAGCUGAUGCAAUUGGAGUAUUUGUAAUUGGGCUGAUCUCCAGCAAUGAAGGUGAUACUCCGCACACUAUAGAACUACUUGUGUUUUGGACACCAUUUCUUCUGUUACAUCUUGGUGGUCCAGACACAAUUACUGCUCUGGCUUUAGAGGAUAAUGAGCUAUGGAAUCGACACGCUCUUCAAUUGGCUACUCAGGUAUCCAUCACUGUUUAUGUCUUCUUCCAAUCGUUUCGAGAAAACAGACUGUGGAUACCUGCAGUACUUAUGUUUGUGGAAGGUUUGAUCAAAUAUUUCGAGCGAACCUGUGCUUUGUUUUUCGCUAGCACAGACAGUUACAGAGACUCCCUAGUUGCUGAACCUGAACCUGGGCCUAACUAUGCCAGGUUAAUGGAAGAGUAUAAUUCCGCGAAAGGGGCUUAUAUUCCUACUGAUUUCGAAGGUAAAGAUGGGCGUUUAGAAGGCGGUGCAAGGUCAGAUGAAAGAGAUGGCCUAGUCGAAAAUGAUCAAAACCAGUCUGCAGCUGAUGAUGGCAGUGACCCAACUGGUGUUGCUAAUUCUGAUCUAAAGCUGACACUUGAUGAAACAAAUGUCAAAGAAGCACAUCGCUUCUAUGAAAUGUUUAAAGCUCUACUAGCAGAUGGGUUUCUGAGCUUGAAAGAUCGUAAAGUAAGUCGUGACUUUUUUAUCUCUGUGCCUGUUAAAGAUGCUUUCAGGAUCAUCGAGAUUGAGCUCAACUUAAUCUAUGAUGUUUUCUAUACAAAGCUAUUUUUGUUGCAACGAAAACGAGCUUUUGCUCGAGUUUUCUGUUUUAUAUUCGUCAUUGCAUCCCUAUUGAUCUUCUCAAUUAAGGACAAAAGCAAAUACAAAACUGUUGACAUUGUAAUAACCUUUGUUUUGCUUCUUGGGGCCAUAGCUUUGGACAUAUGUGCUGCUCUUAUGUUUCUAUUGUCAGAUUGGUGGAUCAUUAUCAUUUCCUUUGAUGGCAAGAUGAAAAGCUACUUCCAGUGGAUUAUGGUUGUGUUUCUUAGGUGGUCAAGAAGAGCAAGACAACCCUGUCGUAGAAGAUGGUCUGAAUGCAUCUCAAAGUAUAACUUGCUAAAACGUUGCUUCAGGACGCCGCCUUCAUUCUUCAACUUCCAAUGCAUCUUUAGUAUAAAACGGAUCAGAGAUAUUUUGCUUGGAUUCUUGUAUGUGGAACGACACAAGGUCGAUAAAGAACUUGUCAAUUUUGUCAUAACAGAGCUAAAGAAUAAAGCUGAGCUAGCUACUGAUAUAGAGGUAGCCAAGGAAGUAUGCUCUUCCAGAGGUAGUUUAGUUUUAGAAGACGAUUAUUUCCUUGCUUCGGAUUGCAUUAGCCCUUGGACAGUAGAUGUUGAUUAUGACGAAAGCCUUUUAAUUUGGCACCUUGCUACUGACAUUUGCUACUGGACUUCCACUGAAGAUACAACAUCAGAACAUCGUAAUAUCAGUAAAGCACUCUCAGAUUACAUGUCAUAUCUGUUACUGAGGAAGCAAACGUUGGUAUCCUCAGUCGUGGGAAUGGCUGAUACACGGUUUGAAGACACUCGUGCAGAUGCGAAGAAGUUCAUGAAUAAUAAAAGCAUCAAGAUCAGCUGGCUUGCAGAUCCCUGGUGGACUGUGAAGCGGUUCAUAUGCAAGAAAUUGUGUUGUCGAACCAUGUCAGAGACAGAUGACAGUCCAUCUGUAAGAGUGGAAAAUAAAUUCUUUAUGAACUUUAGUAAGAAGUUGCUUGAAGUAAAGGCAGAUGUUCAGCCUAUUGUUGCCAAGGGUGAUAAAAGUAAAUCUGUGCUUUUUGAUGCAUGUCGUCUUGCUAAGCAGCUAGAAAUGUUUGGAGAAAAGAAAUGGGAGAUAUGCAGUAAAGUUUGGGUGGAGUUGCUCUGUUAUGCUGCUGUUCGUUGCUCGCCAAGAUCGCAUAUUGCACAACUAAGUAAAGGUGGAGAGCUUAUCACACUGGUGUGGCUAUUUAUGGCUCAUCUUGGCUUAGGCGAGCGCUUCCUGCAAAACCAGGGAUUCGGAUGGACUAAGCUUAUUAUUCAGAAAUGAGCACAUUGCUGACUUACAGUUGCAGGCUGCAGCUGUUAUUUCUGGCGAACAUUUUGUUUAUGGUCCUCUGCCCCCAACCCCUUCUAGCUCUUUUUCUUUGUAAUACUUUUUGGCUAGUUGUGUAGUAAAUUUCACAGCUUUGGUUUCAUUGAUACAAAGCAUUAUGUAUUGUGAUUAACAAGUGUAUUAUCACCCAA